AUGUCGUUUUUAACAAGACUCCAUCAACUAUACUACUACAGCACUCUCAUUCGCUCCUUCUUCACCCCACUGAUCAUCAUCUUUGUUAUCUACCUCUUUAUCCGCCCCUACAUCUCCUAUUUCAAAUCUCGCUCCUACCGAGCUCCUGGCCCGAUACCCUUACCAUUUAUCGGCUAUCUCUCAAUCCUAAUUGGCGAUGUGGCCGAAAAUAACUUUCGCCUAUCUAAAAAAUAUGGUGACAUCUGCGAAAUAGAAAUGUUUGGGUAUCGCUAUGUACUCAUCAGCAAUCCCUCCUUACUCAAAGACCUUUUCAGUCCCAGCGUAAAUUCCGCAUUUUUGCGUCGCAUGCCAUUAAUGCCGGGAUUUAAAGAAUUGGGAAUGGACAAAGAAGGUUUGCUUUUAAACUUGGACAUACCGAAAUGGCGGCACAAUCGAAAAUUCUUUCAACAAUCUCUAUCGCCUCCUUCGUUUGUCGAGUUAAGCACAAAAUACACGAGAGAAUGUUGUGGAGAAAUGAUGGAGUAUUGGAAUGAUAUCGAACAAGACACGGUUGUCAGGUUGGAUCAUUGGUACCGGGCAUUCACCAGCGAUAUGAUGGGUUUGGUGGCUGCCGGGAAUAAGGAGGACUCGUUAAAAGUUUUGCAUAGGAAAGUAGUAAUGAAAGAAAGCUCGUCCAGAAGAGAGACGGACGAGAAAUAUCAACCGAGUAAAGGCGAAAUUUAUCGAAGAUUAAGAGAGGAUUAUGCCGAAGCGCUUAAUUUCUUUGUAUUUGUUCCGAAAUUUGUGUGGAACUUACCAUUUAUCAAAGAAAAGUGUAAACAUUAUCGUGAAACUUUGAAUUCGCUCACCGAAUUUGAAAUCGAUUUCAUUAAAGAACGCAAAGAAAUAAUUAAAGCUGAAUCGAAUAAGCGCAAGAGAUCGGCCGAUAGUAGCAAGGAGCUUGUUGGUUUCAAUAGAACUCUUAUUUCUGGAAAUAAUAGUAAAGUGAGACCUGAUUUCCUUACUAUGCUCCUCACCACCAACGAAGACGAUGAUCCAACCCCAGACGACAUUAAACAAAACCUGCGAGAAAUGUUCAGUGCCGGCACUGGUACCACCACCACAACCUUAUGUGCCAUUACCUACUUGCUGGCCAAGCAUCCCGAGAUCGAAAGACGAAUGGUCGAAGAAAUUCUCUCCGUCGUCGGUCCAGACAGAGAAGUCGAACCCCUUGAUUUACCAAAACUUGAAUAUACCGAAGCGGUACUCAACGAAUCCGUGCGUCUUUAUCCUGUCGUGCCGGUCACAUAUCGCUUCACAUCCGAUCAGUCUACAGAAAUUAGUGGUUACAAUUUCCCACCAAACACUUUGUUUGCCAUAAAUCUGGGUCACAUACAUCGAGACGCAAGGUACUUCAAGGAACCCGAAAAAUUUAAUCCAGAUAGGUUCAUGGGAAAUUGGAGGGAGAAAUUACCUCAAUAUGCCUUCUCACCAUUUGGACAUGGAAUGAGGAGUUGCCCUGGAAAAAAUUUUUCGAUCACUGAGAUUAAAGUUAUAUUGGCGACGAUUUAUAGGAAAUACACAUUUAGGCUGGUAAAUUCCAAAGAACCAUUGCAUUUGAAGUUUGCCGCAGUUAAUGACAUCACAAAGAUGGAAGUUUUUGUCGAGAAGCGAGAUGGCGUUAAUUAG